AAGCUCGACAUCGAAGAUCUAUGAAAUGGUAGUACUUUUCAACUUAAGAUUACUGCUUUCUUGAUCCACACCUAAGAUUAUGUCAUUCGGAUUUUCAGUAGGCGAUAUCCUGGGAGGGGCGAACUUGGCCUACAACCUGUGCAAAUCAUUGUCAGCUGCGAAAGGUUCUGCACGAGAGUAUUCAAAGCUCAUUAAGGAGCUUGAUACGGUUCAUAAAGUGCUCCUCCAAGUCGAGCAACUGAGGGAAUCGAACCAAUUGAGAAAGGAAACCUUAAAUGCGCUGCUUUUUACCGUCAACACCACCAACGAGGCAAUGGAGGACUUCAUGAUCAGGUGCAAAGCGUACAAGGACAGCUUAAGACCUGGAGGCUCUGGAAAUAUCUGGAAAGAUGGCUGGAUGAAAGGGAAAUGGUCCGUCCAAAUGCCGAACCAGACUCAGAAAUACCCUUACGACAAUGCUUGCUUCAGUCAACUGCCUGGUUACGCUGACCUGCCUAUGCACUCGCACUUGCAUCGAGCCAGUGUAGAGGAAGUUUUCGUACCAGAAUCGAUGGGGGAAUCAUUGCCGCCUUUGCCUGACUACCCUGGCAUCCGGCUCAAGGCCACCCUUUUUUAUGAUAGAAAACGAGACAACAGUUCUUCAAGGACAGACAUAGCCUCUCAACAACUAUAUUCCGAUUUUCAGCUUUCGCGAGAUGUCGGUAAAUUCUUUAGAUGCGGUCAGGUAUUCUCCAUCCAAAUUACAUCUGACAUUUCUUUCGAGAAAGGUAGCCAAACCCUUGUGGACGUAGCUCAGUCGCCAGAACAUGUCACAGCCCUCCAGGAAAAGGCCAAGAAACUACGUUUGGCUCAAAUUCUUUCACUCCCUCUUGUGGACAUGGUUCAAUACUCUGAAGAGAGUCAAUUUGACCAGACCAUGGUAUGGUGCCGCCUAUGUACACGCGUCGCUCCUGCAACUGACUCAGAGCAUUGGAUGUCGAAAGAUUACUGGGCAAGUGAACAUUUCAGAUGGCAGCACUGGAAAUACUUCUAUCCUAUGAUAAUGGAUAGAGAAAGGCUUCCAAGGAAGAUACCGGGCUCUGAUAGCAAAGAUUCACACGCAUCUCCACUUAGUAUUUCAAGAAAGUCAAGUAGAGACACCUUUUCACCAGAAAGCUGGCUUAAACUUGAAGGAAUUACCUCGUGGUAUGCUAUCGGGUCGGACGCGGACAUUGAAGACCGUGUGGCUGGCGGGAGUCAAAAUUCCUGGUGGCAUUGUGAUGGGCCAACGAUGAUACGUCGCUUCGUAGUCAUCAAAGAAGGACCAGAGUCAUGCCUUUGCCUGGGAAUACAUACUUAUGCGGGCCAGGGUUGCAAAGACCAACCAGACCAAGAACUUUUUUCCGUAGUCCAUUCCAGUAAAGUUCCUCCAAAACUGGGCGGAAACGAAGCAAAUGUCAAAUUAUUACCGAUUCGAAUGAGCGCUCACCAUCCGUCGACCUUUCUACCACUCUCGGCGCGCAUGCAUUUUGGUCGUGUGUACGAAAUCUCUCACAAGAUACCUGCUAGGCCCCUCGGCUUAAUAGAUACUGAUUAUAUGGAGCUGUUGAUUUCACAAUUCGAGAAAGUGACGCGCCAGAAAAAUGAUUCCGAAGAUUUGACAUUCCAUCACGAGUCUAAUGCAGUAAUUGAUACGACUCUAGUCGAGGAAAUACGGCAGAACAUUCUGAAGGUGCUAGGACCCGAUGUUCAUCUAACAGCACCCGAAGAAGAAACAGUGGCUCCUGAAAAGAAGAAGCGCCGGUUGUAGGAAAGGUUAGGUGAUUCGGUCUUUGAAGCUACUACUAGGAUUGUUCAACGACGGAAGUGGCAUUUUGUGGGCUCACUUGUCGUCUGAGAUUAUAUUGGAAAUAAUGAUGUCAUGACUUUCAAUUUUUUUUUCUUUUAGAAUGACUGAACAAUCAAGUAUGUCCAGAGAAAAGAUGAAGGUAUC